ACAACUUUUUCACUUUCAUUAUAUAAACGUAAUAUUUGCAAACAGCAAGGCCACUGAUCUUAUCUGCUGCACAGCUAAUGUCAAAGUUCAAGUGGGCAAAUUUAUCCCCUAGGCGGAGAGAAGUGCACAACUGUUCGAUUGACCCACGUCAGCAAGCGCUCAGCGCUGGCCGCGCGUGUGUAUCCCGAAAACAACGAAUGCGACAGAGUCCGUGCUUAGAGCUGUAUCCGUGUGUGUUUGUGUGUGUGCUCAGUAUGUAUAUAUUACGCAUACGCCUGUUGCGCCUCGUGCGCAACGAAGACGACAAUCGGCAUCGACAGCGACGCGGCUGGAUCAGUCGCAUUGUACAGCAGCUGAGGCGCCGCGCUGUAGGCAGAUCGCAGUUCAGUCAGUGCUUGGGUCUGGUGCGCGUCGUUCGACUCUGCCCAAUUGAUAUAUCCCGGCUGACCAAACAGAAGAAGCGAUGCGAUCGCGCGCACACAGAGGAGAAGCAGAGACAGCCAUAAAGAGCUUUUAGAAAAUC